UCCUCAUUCCCCGCGGUGUCUCGCUUGAUCUCUUCUUCUCAAACUCUCACCAUUUCUCCUUCUCUCGCAUCUUCACCAUUUUCGCGUUCCACCGAUCGAAGUCAUCCCCUUUCCAAGUAUGUACAGAACGGCGUCGUCUCGACUCAGGGCUCUCAAGGCCAGAACAGGGUGUAGAGGAUUGGCUAGAUAUGCAAGUACAAGUGCUGCUGCAACUAAAUCAUCUUCACUUCCACCACUAGACUUUCCACUGGAGAAUAUUGUACUUCCCCCUCCGUUGCCAGACUCCAUUGAGCUUGGGAAGACCAAGAUAACCACUCUUCCAAAUGGCCUCAGAAUUGCUUCAGAAACAUCAGCGAACCCUGCAGCCUCAAUUGGAUUAUAUGUCGAUGCUGGCUCAAUCUACGAAAGUCCGGCUUCUUAUGGAGCCACACAUCUCCUGGAGCGUAUGGCCUAUAAAACUACCAUUAAUCGGAGCCACUUGCGCGUCGUGCGAGAAGUUGAGGCAAUCGGUGGCAAUAUAACUGCAUCUUCCUCUCGGGAGCGUAUGAGUUACACCUCUGCUGCACUAAAAACAUAUGUACCUCAAAUGGUUGAGCUUCUUGUUGACUGUGUUAGAAACCAAGCUUUUUUGGAUUGGGAAGUGAAUGAACAGCUCCUCAAGGUGCGUGCUGAGAUUAGUGAAUACUCCAAAAACCCUCACCGCCUGCUUCUCGAGGCUAUUCAUUCAACUGGUUACUCUGGUGCUUAUGCAAAUUGUCUUUUGGCUUCAGAAGCAGCAGUUAGCAGGUUGAAUAGCAAUGUUUUGGAGAAUUUUGUUUCUGAACAUUACUCUGCCCCUAGGAUUGUUCUCGCUGCAUCAGGUGUUGAGCAUGAAAAACUGUUAGAAUAUGCUGAACCACUUCUAUCUGAUAUGCCUAAAGAUUCGAAGUCUGUGCCUGCAAAGCCAAUGUACACCGGAGGAGAUUUUCGCAGUCAAGGUGAUUCAGGGAUGACACACUUUGCUCUGGCCUUUGAACUUCCCGGUGGCUGGACUAAGGAGAAGGAUGCUAUAACAUUGACCGUCCUUAAGAUGCUCAUGGGUGGAGGUAGAUCUUUCUCAGCUGGUAGUCCUUUCUCAGCCAGUGGUCCUGGAAAGGUGGUGUCCCUGACAUCAGGUCUCGGUCCCUUGAAAGAGCAUCCUCAGAUCCGAUCAUUUUCUGCUUUCAGCAGUAUCUACAAUCACACAGGACUAUUUGGAAUUCAAGCUACAGCUGAAACUAAAUCUGCGCCAGAGGCCAUGGAUAUCGUCUGCAGAGAACUACUUGCUGUAACAUCUCCAGCUGAUAAAGUAAAGCUAGAGCGUGCAAAACAAGCAACAAAAUCUGCCAUUUUGAUGAACUUGGAAUCCAGAAUGGUUGCAUCUGAAGACAUCGGUAAACAAAUUUUGACAUAUGGAGAGAGGAAACCCGUGGAGCAAUACCUGAAUGCGGUUGAUCAAAUCACGGCCAAUGAUAUUGUUACAGUUGCAAAAAAGCUUUUCAGUUCUCCUCUUACAUUGGCAUGUUAUGGCGAUGUGUAUCACCUUCCAUGCUACGAUGCUGUUAGCAGCAGGUUCCGCCGCAUUUAAGUUACCCUUGUUAAUGCUGAGAUCAGAGAACUGAUCGGUGAAGCUCCCCCUUUUUCCCUGGUUUCUGGUGGCGUUUUUUGAAGAAGAAGAAGAAGAAGAACGACCUCUCUCUACUAUAUAAGAGAAAAUAAGGAUGCUUUGCUGAACCAAUAAUUGGCGUACAUAUUUGCAAAAAUCUGUGAUGUCUGAUUCAUUCAUUAUACAUAUGAUUUGUAGUUUAACGUAGAAAAUUUAUGGCUUUUGAGGGAUUGAUCUCUCAUUGUCUUAACUUGUCAUAUGGAAUAAAUAUUUAUAUAAGUAAUUGUAUUUUUCUGGA